CGAUUCAUUCAACAACAGAAAUUUGAAGUGAUAAGUUAAGUGAGGAAAGAAAAAUUCGCCCCAACAAAGACACUACUAAAUAUUUACCAAAAAGUUCAACAACUUAAGACUUUUAAAACAAUAAAAAUGGAUUAAAUAUUUUAUAAAAAUGGAAGUGAAAAUAGAGUGAAAUCCAAACUAAUUGGAGGUUUCGAAUCUAAUAAAGUCACAAAAGCAACUAGAACUUCCUCGAAGAUACUUUUAUGCGUUAGUGAUAGCGUAAAUCAGUUAACUUUAUAAGGCACUUAUUUUAUAAACUGUUGCAUAAAAAGUGUGUCAAAGGUGUGUGCUAAUAGCGGGCUGGUGACUUCAGAUUCCCUAGACUUGAUAUUUUUAAAACAAUUACAAACAUUAUUCAAAGGGAAUAGAGUAAACGAAUUAAGUGAAAAACAGCGAAGCUGACGUGUUUGGCAUUCCUCUACUGCGCACGUCGCGCCUCUACCACACCUAAGGUGUCAUCGUCCCAACUAGUGUACACCAAAUUGAACUAAACAGAUAUAAAUACGUAUGUACAUAUAUACAUAUAGUAUUGAAAAUCAGGCGAUUUUUACGCUCGCACUAGUGAAUAUCUAGUUUGUCAUCAUUACAUUGAAGUUUGGUUAAGCAAGAGACCACCAUCAUAAGAAAAUAUUUAAUUACUUCUGUAAAAUAAAUUAGUGAAAAUACAAACAUUUUUAUAAAGAAACUUUGCUGAACAUAUAAUGUCUAAAGUUACGUUGGGUGGUUUUACAAAUACAUUGAGACGUUACCCAAAGACUUUGGGUGGAAUUGGAAUCCUCACAACUUGUGGCUUAAUUUUGUUUGAAAAACAAAGGAUUCGAAAGUAUUUAUCGAAAUGGGUGGAUACAGCACCAUCAGAUACUGAUAAAAAGCGUCCAGAUUACAUAUAUAUUAAAUACCAUAUUUAUAAGGAGUCAAUGCGAAAAUUGAAACAAAAGGAAGAGGAUGAAAAGAAAUGGAUCAGCAUCAUAAUUAACCCUAUUGGCAAGUGGUGGAAAGCCGUUAAACAUUCAGUAGCCUGGCGUUUGCUGAAUAUCGCACAAACAGGUUCACAACAUGAACGUCUCAAGGCCGUUCGACAAUUGGCCUGCAUCGAUCACUUAAAGGACUGGGACUUUCGACAUUUGGCACAAAUUUGCGAUGCACGCACCGCCAUCUCUUUGGCACGUUCUGGCGCCGAUUCACGUUGGUUCGUGCCGGUUCAUAUGCGUGGCUGCAUUAAGAAUCCCAAACUCGUGCUUGCCGACUUCCAUGAUAUGCUAGCGCGUUUACGUCCAAAUUCUUGCGUUGAUAACUUUUUCAACAAAUACUUUCCACAACAGUAUCCACACGAAGGCAUCGAUGAAUUCUUUACACAGGAUCAAGCUAACGCGUUAUCUGUACAGGAUACAGACAUGCUAAAAGAAAUUAUCGCAUUCCUACAUCAUAUAACCAAGGAUGAAGCGGUUGCGAAGCAAAUAAUCAACGAGGGUGGUCUGACACAUCUUAUGGAGUUGCGUAAAAUUUUUGCCGAUGAUAAUGAAACCCUCUCGACACUCUGUAAGGUGUUGGCGAAUAUGUCGCUUGUUGAAGAUAGUGUGGAGCAUUUCUUCGCGUCUGGUUGGAUUGGCGGAUUGGCAGAAUGGAUGAAAUGUCCCGAUUUACGUUUGCAAGUGAUAUCGGCCAAAACGAUGGCUAAUCUGGAUCAUGAUGAUCCCAAUCAUGUGCAAUAUCCACCCAAUGUCUAUCCAUUGCAUCCACGUUUGCGCACGCGCGCCAAGCCCAAAGCUGAUAUCGUUUUUAUACACGGACUGUUGGGCGGUGUUUUCAUCACAUGGCGCCAAAAAGACCGAAAUCCCACCGAAUUGGGUUUAUAUGGCAAGAAUGCCUUUUACACAAGCGAAACUGAUGAUGUGUUCUUGGUUGGCGAGCAAAGACGUGGCAAUGGUAAGCUGUUCAAAAAUGGAAAUGGAAUUAACGCCAGUAAUGUUAGCAACGUUAGUUCAAAUAAUAGCUUAAAGGAGCAAGCAACAGAUCCAAUACUGAAAGCAGCUAAAAAGGAGAAAAACAAAACUUUGGAAAUUAGCGACACGGCGACUAUGGAACUUGUGGAAGCACUGCAAAGCACGGCCGAGCUUGAGUCCGAUUGGGAGGUAGUACAUCCAGAUGUACCACUGAAGGCGGGCGAAGGUUGUUGUGGUGAAUAUAGUGUUCCUGGCAAUGAAUGGCAAAAUCAAGAUAACUGUGAAGAUUACACCAACUGUUGGCCAAUGGAGUGGCUGCCAGAUGAUUAUCCAAAUACAAGAAUCAUUGGUAUAGACUACACCUCUGCGGUCACAGAGUGGUCAGCUAAUUUCACAAAGUAUUGCCCGUGCGAAAAAGGCCAAGGACAAAUAGAUGUACGCGCUACAUCAUUAUUGGAACGCCUGUCCAAAUCAGAUGUUGGCAAUGAACGACCGGUCGUUUGGAUUGGUCAUUCCAUGGGUGGCAUACUCACCAAAUUAAUGCUUAUGAAAGCCGUCGAUGACCCCGAUCCGAAAGUUAAUCAAAUAGCGAAUAGCACAUCCUCCAUCCUCUUCCUGGGCACACCCCAUCGUGGCUCAUCUAUUGCCAAAUGGAAGCAACACAUGCAAGUGAUACUCUCCCCUUCCAUUGAGGUAAAAGAAAUGGAAGAAGGAGCACCGAAAUUACUUGCAAUGCACAAUCGUUUUAUGGCAUGUUUACAUACAUGCUUCCGUAAUGUUAAGGUUGUCACUAUCGCCGAAGGCGCACCAACAAUGUUGACUUCCUUCAAAUUCCCAUUGCGCAUCGUAACUGAGGAUUCAGCGCGCCUUGACUACGGUGACUUUUACGUGCUAAAAGAUGAUCAUCUUAGUCUGUCGAAACCGAUUUUCCGUCAGUCAUUCCUCUAUCAACGUGUGCUUAAGGUGAUCGAAGACUCGGUAAAUAGAGACGAAAGCCCAACUCAAAAGGUGGAACUACCAGGCACAAAAUUCAAAAUAGAACCCAUCAAAACACCAGCGGAAAAAUCAACAGAUGCUGGAAGCAGUUUAUUGGAUAAAGUGCGCAGUAUUUUCUCGGCAGUUCCGCAAAUCUCCAUCAAUAUACCGAAUGCGCAUUGUGAACAGUCAAGACGUGAUUAAAACUAGUAAAACGAGAGUUUUGUGCUAAUAUUUUUGCCACAAGGCAGACACCUGGGCUAUGAAAUGUAAAUUUUAAGCUAAACCACUAAGUAUUUUAUAAAACUCAUAUAGCUGAAGUUAUGUAGUAAUAAUAAUGACGCUUUUGGCACCCAUCUCAUUGUAACACUCAUCUCACCACAAAUUUUUAUACUUAAAAUCAUUAAUAUUGUUUAUCGGAAUUAUUAUUUUCAUACGCACAUGUUUUAUAGACUUGACAAAACAAAAUUAUGUUAUUUAUAUUUAUAGAUUUAGAAUGUAAGUUUGUACUUGAGCCUUUGGCUAAAUACAAAAUGCAUACAUAUGUUUCUUAGAUACCAGUGAGAAUAAUUCUCUAGGAACUUAUCGGAUCCGUGAUAGUAAAGAUAAGUACAUAAGAAAUUUCGCUCAAAUAAAGCAAUGAAGAAGCUUGUGAACAUA